AUGCGGGCAGACAUCAUUUCAGCCCUUGCGGGCACUUACUCUCUCUUGAAUGUCACAGUAAUCACCUCAAACGGCACUGCCCUGCUGGACGAGGCAUACGGCGCCGCGCCUGUAGGACACCUGACUUACACGCCUGAGGGCUACAUGUCGGCCACGAUAACAGCCACGGAGCCUGAGUGGCGGCCCCUGGACCUGACGUUCCCGGCCCAGCCGAACCAGACGGACGCGGCGUGGGCAGCUGUCGGCAAGCACCUGCUCUGCUACGCAGGCCCCCUCUCCGUCAGCGACACCAUCCCCGUCAACGAAACCUCGGGCCAGGUGAUCCACGGGCCUCUGGACGUCGCCACCAUCCCGGCCUGGGUCGGUACCAGCCAGGCCAGGAACUACACCGUAUUCGAGGAUCCCAAUGGGGACACGCUGCUCAGGAUCACCUCGCCGCGGCCGACCGGCACUGCGAACCUGUGGUGGCGGAAGCUGGCUUCGCGGGUGUGA